AUGCCCUCGACAGACCCGCUCCUGCGCCAUCUACACUCGCCGCUCGACCGCCUCAGCCUCUGCGAUCAGGGCAACACGUCGCUAAGCGUCAAUCCCGGCGUUGCUUUCAGGUCGCUUUCGGCAGAGCGCGAUCCGACCUUCGCCCGCUUCGACGCCAACGCCACUGCCUUCAAAGAACUCGAAGCGACGCAACCGCACAUCUCGAGGCGUACUUCUUCCGCGUCUUCCAAGGUCAUCUUCGACGAGGUCGACGAGAUGAGCGAGUGCGAGGUCGCCAACGAGAUCGCUCGCCUCGAAGUCAAGCUCGCCGCUUUGAGGGAGAGGCAGCGCUGUCUCGUCCAGGACAAGGGGGCUACGGGGAGCACGGGGUCCAGCGAGGAGUAA